UCUCGGCAAACGCUAUCAUGGUACCGCGAUCAACGCCUGUGUACACCGUCCUACUUGCCGUGGUUGUCAGUAGCCACGAAACAAAGUUCACUCCCGCUAACUUACGCGUUAAAAAUCCCAAUUUUAUCGUGUUGUUCGCGGACGACAUUGGCUGGGGUGACCUUGGCGCCAAUUGGAAUCAACACAAGUCCAAUACACCGAAUUUAGAUACACUUGCCAAGAAUGGCAUCAGAUUCACAGAUUUUCAUUCCGGUGCGUCUGUGUGCACACCGUCGAGGGCGGCCUUACUCACUGGUCGCUUGGGACUUCGAACUGGAGUGACGCAUAACUUUCAAAUCGAGUCAGUUGGAGGUCUGCCCCUUAAUGAGACAACCUUUGCGGAAACCUUCAAGGCGGCAGGUUACCGAACUGGUAUGCUAGGGAAAUGGCACCUUGGCGUAAAUGGCCGGUACCAUCCAAGUCACAGAGGUUUCGAUUAUUACUUUGGCCUUCCGUACAGCAAUGACAUGGGUUGCUGUGACAACCCCGGAUAUGAUAUACCGUCAUGCGCACCGUGUCCAAAAGAUCGUCAUCAGAUGUACAACCAAUCAAAAUACAACGAUUUACUCUGCUAUCCUCAAAGUGCAUUACCUCUAUAUGAGAACACUACUAUUAUCGAACAACCAGUUGACAUAUUCACCUUAUCCGAAAGAUAUGCAGACAAAGCCCUGGAAUUCAUAGAAAAUAGUUCCCAACACGAUCAACCGUUUCUUCUGUAUGUUGCAUUUGCUCACAUGCACGUGCCAUUGGCACACAGAACUAAGUUUACUAACUCUUCCACUGAUGGCAUUUAUGGGGAUACUCUCCGAGAACUCGAUGACGUAAUAGGGAGAAUUGUACAAUCUGUGCGUAAGGCCAACAAGGAGCAAGACACCUUGAUAUGGUUCACAGGAGACAAUGGUUCGUGGUCUGUGAAGUGUCAGUACGGGGGAAGCCAGGGACCAUUUCUAGGCACAUGGCAGAAGGAGGAAGGUGAGGUUACCAUGGUUACUGUAAAGCUUACCUAUGGUGGUUAUUAUUGA